AUGGCCGGAUCUGCAGCGGCGAGUGGCGGGGACGAGCAGGGGACCACCACAGCAGAGUACCGGCGGGGAGGAGCAGCAGAGCAAGCGGAGCUCGGAGGGCCAUCGUGGACGGUGCAGCUCGGCAGGAGGGACUCCACCACGGCGAGCCUCUCCACCGCGAACACCGACCUCCCCUCGCCGGCGUCCAGCCUGAGCACCCUGCUCGCCGCAUUCGCCAGGAAAGGCCUGAGCAGCACCGACAUGGUUGCUCUGUCUGGAGCCCACACGGUGGGGCAGGCGCAGUGCCAGAACUACCAGGCCAGGAUCUACAACGACGCCAACAUCAACGCGGCCUUCGCGGCGUCGCUGAGGGCCGGCUGCCCGGCGGCCGGCGGGGGCGGCGCGAGCGCGCCGCUGGACGCGUCCACGCCGAACGCGUUCGACAACGCGUACUACGGCGACCUGAUCGCGCAGCAGGGGCUGCUGCACUCCGAUCAAGAGCUCUUCAACGGCGGCUCCACGGACGGACUAAUCAGGAGCUACGCGGCCAGCUCGGCGCGGUUCAGUAGCGACUUCGCCGCAGCCAUGGUCAAGAUGGGCGGCAUUGGUGUCCUAACCGGGAGCAGCGGAGAGGUCCGGCGCAACUGCCGGAGGGUGAACUAG